AUGGCUUCUACAUCUGUUGAGGAUUUUGUUGGAAAUGGAUCCUUGAAGGAAUUACUCCCAAAGUUGUUUGAAGAUGGCUGGGAUGACGUGCUUACGUUAAAGGUAAUGAAUUCGGAGGAUAUGGUUGAGAUAAACAUGACCCGAGAACAAAAGGAUGCACUAGAAAUAAGGUCAUACCUGCAUGAUCAUUCACUGAUCCAAUAUGGAGACAAGCUAGAGGCAUCAGGAAAAUGUCUCGCCGAGCUUCUCAACUUAAAUACUGCAGAACUCUCUUUUCAGUUUGGUAUGAAAAGGGGCCACAUUGCACGUUUCAUGAACAGAACAAGUGAAUGCUCAGAGAAGCCAUCACCUGCAUCAAUCACUCUUCCAGAGAGGCAAAGACAGGUACCUACCACAAACAACAACAACUACAAGGGGGAGCUUAUGUCUGCCAGCUCGAGGAAACUGCAAAGCGUGAGACGAGUCCCACUAAAGAGCAACAGUAUUGCUAAUAGUGUGACAAAUCAGCACUCCCUGUCUGAUUUUAAAUUGAAAGAUGAUCAUAUUUAUAAGGGGAUCGUGGCAGCGAUGCCUGAUGAGCCCAGAGGGUGUGGUUGUGUGAUGCCUCCUUCUGUAGCUAAAAAUGUUGCUCCAUAUUCUACUAUUCAAAAUAUCUCAGUUCAAAAACUGACUCCGGAAUAUAAAAACGGAAUGGAACAUUUGAUAAAGACAAAGACACCUCCAAUGAAAGCUUCAGAACUUUGGUGCCACAAACCAGCUGUACUUCUCUGCAUCCGUCGACCAGGGUGCAUUAUGUGCAGAGCUGAAGCUCAUAAGAUCAACUUGAACAAACCAAUAUUUGAUGCACUUGGAAUUCAGUUGUAUGCAGUAAUUCAAGAGCAAAUAGAGUCUGAGGUAAAGGACUUCUGGCCCAGAUAUUGGAGUGGUGCCGUAAUCCUAGACAAGAACAGAGAAUUUUUCAAAGCUUUGGGUGGUGGGAAUCUAAUGAAAGAAAACUUUAUAUCAGGAUUUCUUCUCAAUCCCCGGGCUAUAGCAAACUACAAGCGCGCAAAAGCUAUGGGUUUAGAGCAUAACUAUAGAGGAGAAGGGGAUAUAAAAGGAGGACUGUUUAUUAUUGGCAAAGGAAAAACUGGAAUUGCAUACCAGUUCAUUGAAAGAAAUUUUGGGGACUGGGCACCUCUUGCUGAAGUCAUUGGGAUCUGCACACAGUUGCAGAACCGACAACAAAAUCUGGGGGAGUCUUGCAAGUCAUCACAGGAAUACAGUGCAGCUUAAAAAAGUAUUCAUUCAAAUCUUAAGUUUCUCAAGAACCAAUUGAAUUUAAUAAAUUUACUUUAAAAUUAAAAAGCUGUUGGUCCUAUCAUAUCUGAUAUCACCAAAGGAAUAGGAUGUCAGUACUGAUUAUAUCUGAUCUUAGGUCCAAAGAAAGUUUGUUUUUCCUCUGUUAAUGAAUGAGGUGUUUCAGAUUAUCAGAUUGGAGCAACAUUAAUAAAUGUGAUAUUGAAUGCUAUGGUAGCUUAAUUUCGUUAUGGAGAA